AUGUUAUUCACAUUGGGCUUGUUCUUGAUUUCAUGCGGCUGGGUCACUUCACAGGACUCUCUGGAAAUAGAUCCUUCAAAUUUCGAAGAUUUGACAGCAGAAUCAACGACAACAGAACCAACUUUAUUCGAACCUCUUCCACCAUUGCCUGAUAUGACAAGCGUACAACGUAUACCUGGACCUCCUGGUUUCGCGCCUCCACCGGAAUUCAGAAAAACGUUCAAUGGACGAGUUGGCUUCGUCAUAACUAACGGAACGGCAAGGAUUAUGGGUGUUUCUCGGCGGAAACCGAGCGCGGAAGAAGAAGAAACGGUGGAGAAUGUGGAGAGAAGGACAGAAGAAAAUCAAUUACAAAAGCAAUAA